UUGUUAGAGAUUACAUACUAAAAUAAAUACCGGGUGAUAGAUCGGCCUUUUUCGUCUAUCUUCGUCUAAAAGAUCACAUGCAUCUCUUCGACAUCGCUGUUUCUUUUGCGCCAUUUUGUCCGCUCACUUUGGUGAUUGGGCUUUAGAACCCUGUACUGGAGCCAAUCAGAAGGAUACCGGACAGCGAAGACACGGAAGUGAAAAUAACAGGAAGUGACAAGCUGACCAUGGAGUACACCACCGCCACCACCUCGACUGGGGAGCAGAUAGUAGUGCAGACGUCUAAUGGACAGAUACAACAACAGACUCAGGGCACAGUGACGGCAGUGCAGCUGCAGACCGAGGCGGCUGUAAUGACGGCCUCUGGCCAGCAGGUGCAGACACUCCAGGUAGUCCAGGGUCAGCCCCUGAUGGUGCAGGUGAGCGGAGGGCAGUUGAUCACGUCGUCAGGGCAACCCAUCAUGGUGCAGGCUAUGGGUGGGGGACAAGGACAGACCAUCAUGCAGGUGCCUGUGUCUGGAGGACAGGGACUACAACAGAUCCAGCUACAGGGUGGUCAGCAGAUCCAGCUACAGAACGGCCAGACGAUCCAUCUAGGGGGUCAGCAGAUCCAGCUGCAGAACGGCCAGAUGUUACAGCUAGGAGGACAGCAGGGUCAACCACAACAGAUCAUCAUCCAACAGCCACAACAAGCCAUCACAGCCGGACAGAACCAGGGCCAGCAGGUCCAGUUGCAGCAGGGCCAGCAGGUCCAGUUGCAGCAGGGCCAGCAGAUCCAGUUGCAGCAGGGCCAGCAGCUGGCGCAGACAGCUGACGGCCAUACCAUCGUCUACCAGCCAGUCAACGCAGACGGCACUGUCCUCCAACAGGGAGGCUUUUUCUCCCCAGGAAUGAUCACCAUCCCAGCAGGCAGCCUGGCGGGGGCCCAGAUGGUACAGACGGGGGGCGCCAACACCACCACUACCAACAGUGGACAGCAGGGCACUGUGACCGUCACCCUGCCGGUCUCUGGCAACAUGAUGAACACCGGUGCCAUGGUCAUGAUGAUGCCCAGCGGAGGUGCGGUGCCUGGUAUGCAGCGUAUCCCUCUACCUGGGGCUGAGAUGCUAGAGGAGGAACCUCUGUACGUCAACGCUAAACAGUACCAUCGCAUCCUGAAGAGAAGACAGGCCCGCGCCAAGCUGGAGGCAGAGGGCAAGAUCCCCAAAGAGAGGAGGAAAUACCUGCACGAGUCCCGUCACCGUCACGCCAUGCAGCGCAAGAGGGGAGACGGAGGACGCUUCUUCUCUCCCAAGGAGAGGGAGGAGAUGGCCCUGGCCCUGCAACAGGCAGAGCUGGCCGCCCAGGCAGGAGAAGACGAUGUAGCCCAGAUGGUCCGAGUUUCUUAACACCUACAACCCCCGACCACCCCUCCGUCAGCCAGUAGAGGCCCUCUGAGCCCCCCCACCCAGCUAGCCAGCACCCAGCUACACCUCUCAUCUCCUAAGAAUAAUAAUAAUAAUUUAUUUGAUUGAUAUAGCACUUCUCCAGACACUCCAAAGUGCUUUACAAUGUAAGGAGGAAACUCAUCCAAGACCUCACCACAAAUAUGUAGUUCCUAUCCAGAUGAUGCAAUGGCAGACAUUUUGCCCCAGAAAGAAAGCAUAAACCUGUAUUCUCCCACCACCUCUUGCCCCUAUACAUCAACAAUCUGAUAUCCCUGUGACUGGGGUCCUCCAUGAUGGGCCACUAGGAAUUAACUUUAACCCUUGACCUCCCAGCUCCCUGGUCUUCCAGACCUGUCUCUGACUGGCUGCAGUGCCUGAGGUAUUCGGACACACAGCAAGUAAAGAUGUGAAAGGUAAGAUUUACUGGGACUAUAGUGCUCGGUCCUGGAAACCAAGACAACGAUGAGAUGUUUCACCUGCAUAAUACCCUGGUCAAUGACUUCAUGUUUGCCGAAGAAGUCAUAACUGAUGGUAGUUAGUUGCAGAAUACAUGUUUGUUUGGUCGUAAAAGCAGCAAAAAUAAUUUUGGUGGGUUUCACAAAUGCAAAAAAAACUGUUUACAAAUUCAGCUGAAAAAGAGUCAAAAAGAUGGUACAAAAUGAUGGUACACUUAUUUUUGCCCUGUGUGUGUCUUUUUGUUGAAACAUGCACCAUAGAAGCCCAGCCUUGGUCCAUAAGAAUUGUCAAAUAUUGUCUCCAAUAUGAAAAUGAAUAUUAGUUAGAAUGUUUUUUGUAAGCACUUCUCAGCAGGGUCCAAUUUCAAAAUGUUCUCAUAGAGAAUUAAUAGAGGAAAAUUGUAAUUUCAGUUUACUUCCUGAAUUGAAAUGGAAUUGACCCCAAGUCUUGCUUUUCAGACGUCUUUUCAAUUUCCAGUACCCAGUUAUUGUCUGUACAGGGAAUGUAUUUUAUACAACUUUUUUUUCUUUGUAGCGAAAUAGACGACACAUUUAUGUUGCCACGGCGUCUGAAUGACAUUUACAUUACAUUUAAGUCAUUUAGCAGACGCUCUUAUCCAGAGCGACUUACAAAUUGGUGCAUUCACCUUAUGAUAUCCAGUGGAACAACCACUUUACAUGACCCGUGUACUUUGCCUGUUCUACUUUAGGGCGUCUUUUUUAAAUAUUUGAAGUGUACAUUUUAUAUUCUUCUGAAGCAGUCCUUUUUUUGUGGUUGACAACAUUGUUUCACUGAGCUCAUCUGUUCAAUAAAUUGUAUUGUAUAGUUC